CGCGAUUGUCAGUUUCCCGCUUUCGACUAAGCCUUGCCAUUGUCACAUACCUCACAUAAUAUCCUCAAAACUACAUCAUGGUUCGCGGCAUAGAAGGAAACGAAAUGUCGACACCUCGCCCCUCACAAAAAAAACAGCCCCCAUCUGGCUCGCAACAAAAGUCUAUUUUAGGAUUUUUCCAGAAGAAGUCGACCAAUUCACCCAGUCCCGCACCAUCUGCAUUGACACCGACAAAGAAAACGCCCACAUCUACGCUAUCCAUGAGAGCGUUCAGUAGGCCCUUAACAUCCAUCACACCCAUCCCGAGUAGCGACGCACCUGAACCCUCGAGCCCAAUACGGCAGGAGCACUCGACUUUGGGAAAGAAUAAGGAGAAUGAGGUUACAGACGUCGCUUUCAGUAGUCCAUCGCGCAAGGCUAGAAAAGGUGUCAAAUAUGCCGAAUCUGAUGAUGAAGAUGACGACGAUAUUCUGGGACCGAUUGCCAACAACUCAAGGGGAAGAACUCAAAAGCGUCGGAAAGUGAGCAUACAGGACGACUCAGACGACGAGUUUGGUCUCGACGCUGCUACCCAACAGGCUAUGGUAGACGAUGAUGUAGACGAUUUUGUUGUCCCAGACGAUUCUGAUGAGGAAGAAGUCGUUUCGAAAAAGCGCAAGCGACCGUCAUCGACUAAGCCCAGCAACAAGGCCGUUCCGACAUCUUCUCCGCCCAUCAUAGCUGAUGACGAUGCCGACGACGACAUGGCAAUGACCGGAACCUCCACCGCGCAGCAAUGGACGUACGAUCCGGAGAAUCCCAUGCAGCCUAAGCCUCGUCCAGCCACCACCAAGAAGAGCGCAAGCAAGAAGAUGAAGGAGAGACCGUCUGCAUCCGAACCAGAAACGAGAUACUCAUGGCUAGCGCAUAUGCAGGACGCUGACCGUAAUCCGGCUGAUCAUCCCGACUACGACCCUCGCACACUCUACAUCCCACCAGGAGCAUGGGCCAAAUUUUCGCCCUUUGAGAAACAAUACUGGGAAAUCAAGAGCAAGUUCUGGGACUCGAUCGUUUUCUUCAAGAAGGGCAAGUUUUACGAACUAUACGAGAAGGAUGCCUCCGUUGGUCAUCAGCUCUUUGACCUCAAGCUAACUGAUCGAGUCAAUAUGAGAAUGGUUGGCGUGCCAGAGGCGUCGUUGGACAUGUGGGCGAAUCAAUUCGUUGCCAAAGGAUAUAAAGUUGCUAGAGUCGAUCAGAUGGAGUCUGCUCUUGCCAAGGAGAUGCGCGAACGUGAUGGAAACAGUGACAAGAAGAAGACUCCCAAGAAAGAAGACAAGGUCAUUCGACGCGAGCUGGCCGCAGUCCUGACGUCUGGCACCCUUGUCGACACUGGCAUGCUGCAAGGUGACAUGGCGACCUACUGCAUGGCCAUCAAGGAAAUCGACCGUGACAAUCUACCUGCCUUCGGCGUCGCGUUCGUCGAUACAGCCACUGCCCAAUUCCAGCUCUGCGAGUUCACCGACGACAUCGACAUGACCAAGUUCGAAACUCUCAUCGCGCAGAUGCGCCCGGGCGAGUUACUUAUUGAGAAGUCAUGUCUCUCUGCGAAAGCAUUGCGCAUUUUGAAGAACAAUACUGGACCCAAUACUCUCUGGAAUUCACUGAAGCCGACGAAAGAAUUCUGGUCUGCUGACACUACCAUGCGUGAGGUGGAGGCCAGCGGAUAUUAUCAGUCUCCAACAGAAGACAACAUAGAAGCUUGGCCGCCUGUUCUUCGCGAAGCACGUGAGCAGGAGCUGGUCAUGUCGGCUUUCGGCGCACUAUUGCAGUACCUCCGUACCCUGAAGAUCGAGCGCGACUUGGUCACUCUCGGUAACUUCCAAUGGUACGAUCCAAUUCGAAAAGCUACGAACUUAGUGCUCGAUGGGCAGAGCUUGAUCAAUCUGGAGAUCUUCGCCAACACUUUCGACGGAUCAACCGAGGGAACAUUGUUUGCCAUGUUAAAUCGAUGUAUCACGCCGUUCGGCAAGCGACUACUCCGGCAAUGGGUGUGCCAUCCGCUUGCAGAUGCAAAGAAAAUCAACGCACGUCUCGACGCAGUAGAUACGCUGAAUGCUGACUCUGCAAUCAUUGACAACUUCAGCUCAUCGCUCAGUAAGUUGCCGGACCUCGAACGCCUCAUCUCUCGUGUGCAUGCCAAACGUUGCAAGGCUCAAGACUUUCUUAGAGUGCUUGAGGGCUUCGAAACGAUUGAGUACACUAUCAGUCUUCUCAAGCAGUUUGGAGAUGGCGAGGGGGUUAUCGGACAACUCAUCUCCUCCAUGCCCGACCUGGCCAACGUUCUAUCAAAGUGGAAAUCAGCCUUCAAUCGCGAGACUGCAAAGGCGGACGGCAUUUUGGUACCUGAGCUCGGCGUGGAAGAGGACUUUGACGAAAGCCAUGAGGUGAUCAAGGAGUGCGAAGCCAAUCUUGACGUUUUGUUGAAGAAAGCGCGGAAAGACCUAGGUUCAAACGCCGUCAUUUACAGAGACAACGGAAAAGAGAUUUACCAGUUUGAAGUUCCGAAGAAGAUCAAGGUGCCUAGCAACUGGGAUCAAACAUCAGCCACGGCCAAGGUCACCCGUUACUACUCACCCGAACUGCGGAAGCUUGUUCGAGCUCUGCAGGAGGCCCAGGAAACACAUGGUCAGAUCACUCGAGAAGUGGCCACUCGCUUCUGCGAAAGGUUCGAUGAAGACUACCAGGUAUGGCUCGCUGCCAUCAAGGUCAUCGCCCAGCUUGAUUGUCUCAUCAGUCUAGCAAAGACAUCUGCCUCACUUGGUGAACCCAGCUGCCGACCGAAGUUCUCCGAAGGCAACCGCACUGUCGUCAACUUCGAAGAGCUCCGUCACCCGUGUAUGCUCAAUACCGUUGAUGACUUCAUCCCUAAUGAUAUCAGGCUAGGUGGCGAUUCAGCAAACAUCAGCCUUCUCACUGGUGCCAACGCAGCCGGCAAAUCGACUAUUCUACGAAUGACGUGCAUUGCAGUCAUCCUCGCUCAAGUCGGUUGUUACCUGCCUUGCAUUUCCGCGACACUCACGCCGGUCGAUCGCAUUAUGUCGCGUCUCGGCGCCAACGACAAUAUUUUCGCCGCACAGUCAACCUUCUUCGUCGAGCUGUCGGAAACGCAGAAGAUUCUUUCUGAGGCAACACCUCGCUCUCUCGUCAUCCUUGAUGAACUCGGUCGCGGUACGUCGUCCUACGACGGUGUCGCAGUUGCGCAGGCUGUGCUGCACGAUAUCAGCUCACGAGUCGGCUGCGUCGGCUUCUUCGCAACACAUUACCGCUCGUUGGCUAAGGAGUUUGAAUACCAUCCCGAAGUCGAGAACAAGCGAAUGCGAAUUCACGUUGACGAUGCGUCUAAAUCCAUCACCUUCCUGUACAAGCUCGAAGAGGGUGUUGCUGAGGGAAGUUUCGGUAUGCAUUGUGCGGCUAUGUGUGGUAUUCCGAAGAAGAUUAUUGAGAAUGCGGAGAAGGCAGCGAGAGAGUGGGAGCACACGUCUCGUCUCGGUGAGAGAAUGGAGGUCAACAAAGAGGAGGGCGGCGUGUACGUGCCUUUGGGCAUGCAGAGUGAUGUUGCGUGGACGCUUCGCGAGGGCUUGGAGGGUGUGGGCGACCGUGCCCUCGAUGUGUUGCUAGAAGCUAUUGCGGCGUUGUAAAUGUUUGUUGUGAGAAGUCGUUUUACACAGGAGUGCAUGUGUGGCUGCUAGAGUUGAAGCUUUUGGAGUCUAUGGUUAUAGAUGGACGGCGAUAUAUUCCUAGAUACGGUGUUCAUGGUGGAUGGGGGAGGAGUACUCGGUCUUUAAUAUUGGUGCUUUCAUACGCAACGCGCAGCAAUCAUGUCAUGCUACAUAGCAAUAC